UAGUAUCACAUAAUUCCGCAUAGUGUGUUGUAUCUCUCUGACGGGAAUAUUGACUUAUUAACAAAGUUUGUAAUAAUAUAGUAUUUUUUAUAAUUUCAUUUCAAUUUAAUUAAAAGAAAUUUAUUGAAAACAUUCAUAAAGAUGUCUGAUGAAAAAAAGGGUAAUGAAACAGAGCAUAUUAAUUUGAAGGUUUUGGGGCAAGAUAAUGCUGUCGUACAAUUCAAAAUAAAAAAACAUACACCCCUUAGAAAAUUAAUGAAUGCUUACUGUGACAGAGCGGGCUUAUCAAUGCAAGUGGUACGGUUUCGUUUUGACGGUCAACCUAUAAACGAAAAUGAUACACCCACAUCCUUGGAAAUGGAAGAAGGAGAUACCAUCGAAGUGUACCAACAACAAACGGGCGGUUCCAACAACUAAUAAUUAUGUUUUAAUAAUAAUUUUUAAAUAAAUAUCAAAAAAGAAAGAUUACACUUAAUAGACCUAACAGUAAAAAUUCCAUUAUUACUCAGCCAAAUGAUUACUUAUCCCUUACUCCGGAAGUUGCUAUUUAGAUUCACGGCCCAACGCUUUCGGUUUACGAGGGCUUAAGUUUAGUAAUAUUUUUAAACUUCAAAAAUAAAAAAAAAAAAGAAUUCGGUCAUUAUCAUAUAUGUGCCGAAAUGAUUUCCAUAACUUUAACUUUUAAUGGUCUUCAUAAUAUUUUCCGUUUUGAAAUAAAGCAAUCCUUGUGUAACUCAAAAUAUGGAAGAAUAAGGGGAUCUGUAAUGAAGUCCUUUAUUACAUUAAUUUCUAAACCCUAAAUAAAAUCAUUUAAUCAUAAAACUGA